AUGAGCGGUGCUGACAUCGUGAGCGCAUUUUCUGUGGGUCAAUGCGUUGCUAAGCGCACUCGGCAGCUCGAUCGUUUGCUGUACAUGGUGGAAUCCACAGCAACAAAGUUUCAGCAGGUCAAGACUCCAUUUACUGGUUCCGAUUCUGCUGUUAUGUCUUCACCUCUGCGAGCUCAAGUCCAAAGGCGAUACGGUCAAUUGCUCCUCGACUUUCUCGAAAAGCAGAGGGGGCUGAAAAUUCCUGAGCUACUGGAACACGCAAUGCAUCUCGAGAGCUAUGACGAGGAACUCCAGCAGCUGCUCGUGCUAGUUGAAGACGAGGAGCUGCUGCGCCAGCGCGUCGGCGCAACGUGGGAAUUUCUAGCUGCCACCAGCAUUGACCAGGAUGUUGUGGAGCUAGUUUGUGCCUGCGAGUGCGUGUGGAACGACUUACUCCCCAGACGUCAAGUGCAUUGCCCUUGA